GGGCAGAAAGACUGAUACAAGAAAUCUGGAGGAAAUGGCUAGCAGAGGUAUAACAGAAAUAACUCAAAGUAUAAAGAACAUAAGUAUAAACUAGAGUUAAACUAAGUUAAAUGAAAUGAAUGUGGUAAAAUAGAAAACAUGUUAAGGGCAUGUUGGAAAAUACACAAGGAAAUGCUGAAAACAUCAACAAAAAUGUAAACCAAGAUAUAAAACUUCGGGUUCAGGAUGAAGACACUCAGCAAAUGACAGACCACAUGGCAGACCCAUCCUCCUACUACAACUACCGUCUUCAGCAGAACUCCACAUCUUUCUCUUCAGAUCCUUACUGCUUCCGCCACAGACAGAGCAUUGUCAUUCUCGCAGCAUUUGCCAUCACCUACAUUGUUGUAUUCUUCCCUCUCUGCAUCCUCAUCCUCUAUCAAGGUCUCAAAAAAUGGAUGAAAAACCCCGGCCUUUCAUCGGCAUCAGUGAGCCACUCUGACUGUUUCACUUACCACAGUGUCACUAUGGAGCUGAUUGGUGUAUUUGGGUUCAUCCUCUGCUCUUGUAGUAUUUACAAGAAGAUGGUUGAUAUAGCAGCUAUUGGGAUUUUAGUUUUCUUCUUCAAAUGGUACGGCGAGGUUUUCUUUCACAUUCUGACUUGUUUAGAGCGCUAUCUGGCUGUGGUACAUCCCAUCACCUACCUAAGUCUAAAAAGCAAAAGAGGAACCAGAAUCAGAAAUAUUACCAUCGCUAGCGUCUGGUUGCUUUGCUUAGUUUGGACGUAUUUAUGCAAGAUUACAAAGAUGAUAAUAUGGGACCUGUGUUAUUUGAUCUUUGCUUUAAUAGUUAUCUCCUUCUGCUGUAUUUCUGUCCUUUGUGUUUUGAUUCAACCUGGCCCAGGGGGACAAGGUAAGGACAGGAGGAGGGUUGACGAGUCAAAGCGGAGGGCGUUCAUUACCAUUGUGUCCAUACUGGGAGUACUGGUGUUAAGGGUGGCUUCUAAUGUGAUUUGGGAGUUAGUGAUGAUCUCAACAGGACUCAUUGAAUGUGUAAUGAUGGCCUUUACAUUUUGGUUAAACCUUCCAAGCAGUUUGGUGUUGCCUGCUUUAUUUCUAUACAGAGAGUUUUUCAGUAAGGCUUAGGCACUCAGUAGUCACCUAAUGAUAGAUUAUAAUAGUAUCUUUGACAGGGAAUU